UUAUUUUCAUCCAUUCCAAAUCCAAAUAGAGACCCCUAAUAAUCUGGUUGGAAUCAAACUCGAUUAAAAUCUCCCUUAGUUCAAAUAGGGGACGCCCUUAAAGUUGACCAAUUGAAUUGGUGUUGUAUUUCUAUGGAAAGGAACAACCGUUCGCAUGCGUCGAAGUAAGACGCAACUGUGUGCCGAUCGCAGGAACUUCGCUGUCUUCGUUUUCAGAUAUGGCUGGGGGUUUGGGUUGGCGCGGACCGACUGUCGCACUCGUCAUCCUUGUGGCCCUAACAUGCACUCUUGUCGGCGCCGAUACUGAGGCUGAGUUCGUCAGAUCCGAUUGUCAGGAUUUUUCCACCGAAUUGAAAAGUCUCAAGUCUAAGAUCCGUACUUUGGAAUCAUACGUUGAAGAGAAGGGUCAAGAACUGAAUGGAAAGGAUCAGGCGAUUCUCGACAAGGAGAACACCAUAAAAGUGAAAUCAGAUAGAAUCGCGUCAUUGCAAGCAGAAAUUUCUUCUCUGCAGAAAAAAGGGUCAUUGGAUGCUCACGAUCAGGUUGGAAAAGCACAAGCACGAGCUGAUCUUUUAGAAAAACAGGCUGAGAGCUGUCAAAAGGAAAUUGAGUUGAAGAAUGAUCAGAAUAAAGAGCUUGAAGCCCAGAAAAUUGUAACAAAGAAGCAACUGUCUGAAUCAAAUGAAAAAAUACUGACACUUCAGAAUAUCAUCCUUGAGCAAAAGGCUAAAUUACAAAAAACUGAGCGGGCUCUUCAAGUUGCUGAGGAGGAAAUGGUGAGAGCACGCUCUGACGCCUCCACAAAAACAAGAGAGCUAGUGGAG